AUGAGCAAUCCAAGUAUUGGCCAGGACGAGAUGAUUGCGUCGCCGUUGUGGAGCCAGUCCCUGCAAGUCGGCCGCCAGCCAGCAGGAGUGUUGCAAUUCCCAGCAGCUCGUCGAGCUGGCAGUUGGCGCCAACGACAGACGUACUGCGCCAACUGCCAGCGUCUUUUCUUCACGUCGCUGUCCUCCCUCAGAAGCAUAGCAGGUGCAUUCUGCUCGCUGGACUGCAAGACCAAUCUCGAGUACAUACACCAGCUUCAGGACGUGACGUUCAAGCAGACAUGGGAGAGCAGCACAAUCAGCAGCGGAUUGGAAGACGCGAUGUAUGAAACAAAAGCGAACACCUCGCGGGUGAUUACCGGUGUUGACGAUUUGGACCGAUUUGGACCUCGUGCGUCGUGCAUCGGUAGUCAGAUAGACGUUGUGAUAUCGGACGGAGAAGGCUACACUAGACUUGACCGUUGGUAG